GCAGCAAUUCCAGCAUGUCCACUACAAAGGUCCUUGAACCGUACAACAAUUGGCCAAACGAUGCAGGCUUUGAGCCUGGCCACGAAGAACGUUCUCCUGUGGAACUACAAGUGACAGGAACAAUCCCAUCGUAUGUUUCUGGCACCCUGUACAGAACGGGUCCAGGUGGUUAUCAGGUCAAAACAGACGUUGGAACCACUUACUCCGUCGACCACUGGUUUGAUGGGUUUACCCAGAACCAUCGUUUCCAAAUCAUUUCCUCUCCCGGCAGUCCUCCACGCGUACUUUAUAACUCGAGGUUUGCUGUGGACUCCCUCAUCGAGACCAUUCGCAAGACUGGAAAACUGGAUGACUUUAAUUUUGGUCAGAAACGCGACCCAUGUAUCAGUUUUUUCAGAAAAGUGAUGAGCAUGUUCGUCCCUGACAACAGUCCCAAAGCCAUUGCACACGCCAACAUCGGUGUCACUCUGUCCGCCAAUCCACCUGGUCUCAAGGACAUCACUGGUUCCGCCAAAAAGUCAAAGAGUGACGGACAUGCUUCGGGCAUCCAAACUCUCUGGACGAAAACCGAUGCUGCUGUUUAUCGGCAAAUCGACCCAGAGACUCUAGAGCCCAUUGGCUUUGCCGAUCAGAAGUCCCUCCAUCACGAGCUUGUCGGCCACAUGUCUGCUGCACACGCAAAGUCCGAUCCCGUCACCGGUGACAUAUUCAACUACAAUCUCGAUGUCGGCAGGGCUCACACGUACAGGGUGUUUCGUGUCUCCGCAGAUACCGGCGAAACAGAGAUACUCGCCACAAUCACAGAUGCCCGUGGUGCCUAUCUGCACUCGAUGAUGAUCACCGAGAACUACAUCGUUCUCUGUAUUUGGUCGGCUCAUUACGCUUGGGGAGGCGCCAAGAUCCUCUGGGAUAAGAACAUGCUCGAUGCUAUUGGUACUUUUGACCCGUCGAAGAAAGCGUUGUGGUAUGUCAUUGACCGCAGGCAUGGAAAGGGUGUUGUGUCAAAAUACGAAACCGACCCCUUCUUCUGCUUCCACACCAUCAACGCUUGGGAAGAGCCUUCCCCUUCUAACCCCUCCCAAACCGAUAUUGUUGCUACUCUUUGCGCAUAUGAGAACCUUGAUGUUCUUAAACGCUUCUAUUACAGCAAUAUCAAAUCGACUUCCCCGGACUCUCUCGAGUACAUGGGCGAAAGGGGUGACAUAACACGCCCUAACCUGCGUCGCUGGCGUCUCCCGUCGAUCGGUUCCUCUGAAGGAUCUCGCGCCGCUGUUAGCGAGCACAUCGCACCCAAGGCCCACUCCUGCGACUUGCCCUCCAUAAAUCCGCGGUUCAUCGCGAAACCGUCGCGUUAUGUCUAUGGCGCAUCAGACAGGGGGAACAGUACGUUCUUUGAUGGGCUAGUCAAGUACGACAUGCAGUCUAAGAACCCCACAUAUUGGCAUGUGCAGGGGCAAAAUCCUGGCGAGCCCGUGUUUAUCGCUAACCCGGUGGGGGUAGAUGAAGAUGAUGGCGUGCUGCUUUCUGUGGUCUUGGAUGGUCACAAGACGAAGAGCUAUCUGUUAGUUUUGGACGCGAGGACGAUGGAGGAAGUAGGCAGAGCGAGCAUGGAGACUGUGGUAGGGUUCGGUUUCCACGGAACCCAUUUCCCUCAAACUGCAGCGGGAACUCCCAGCGUCGAUACUUGAGAUACUUUCAUUAUAUCCGAGAUGGGCUUCAGCAGGGAUUUACGGUCGGCUUAACAGUUAUGACCAUUUAUGUGCACGUGUCUUAUUUCUUAAGUUGUUUUUUAUGUUCGAGGGUUAUUGCUUAUUAUUUAUGUCUGAUUUAUGUAUCGAGGGAGAGCUGUUCUCCACGUAGUGUACUUUAUACCAACGCCCUGUUCAAUAAAAACGAGUGUUAUAUUUAUGAAGGAAUGUGGUAUCCGAGACUUGACAUGUGUAAGAACCAUUAUGCAACAAACACCAUCACUUUGAAAGAGGUCCACGUAACGUUGGGUCGACAUUUUGCUGUCCAAGCGCCUUGGGAGGGAGUUUCGGCAUAUCGAUGUGUGGCACGGACAUUCGAGGUGGCAUGCGCUGAGAGACUGAACGUAUAAUUCCAAGUAUAUUGACCGGUUGUUGAGCAGCGGUAACCUUCGAACUCCACAUCAUAUCCGUCGUGAUAUCCUUGGAGGCCAGAGGUUUCCGAAUAUUCCGUACGUUGUCGGUGUUGCUGACCAAAGGACGUACAUUACCAUCGCUGCUAUCUUGGAUGUUCGCCCCGAAUAUGCCAUCCUUGAGUGGAUCCGGGGAGCCUUUGCUCGCGCAGUUAUGCGGAGUGUACGGUGCUGACCGUCCCAUGAUGGGAGGAGGCCACUUGGGAGAUUGGGGUAUCAUGAAAGGGGUGAUACUAUUUUCCUUUGUCGAUUCGACCUGUGACGACGUUAAAGGUCAGCAGCGCAGGAGGAGAUGAUGCGAUCAAUUACGAACAUCAGGUCGGGGAUCCGCAAGGGUGCCCUUAUCGCCGUUCCGCACUGGGGAUGGAGACCCGGC